UAAACCGGAAGUCAAUACCUGUGCGGAUGGCAACAAGUACGCUCAGGUAGAUUAAGACAUGCUUUCAACUCUGUAAAAUCGAUAAAGUCUACGUACUGAGAUAAGAACAACUGAAGAUGCCAAGAAUAGUGGAAUGUGUCCCAAAUUUCUCCGAAGGUCGUUGCAAAGAGGCUGUUGAAGGCAUUGCCAAUGCUAUAGCCAGUACUGAUGGAUGUAACUUACUGGAUGUGGACCCUGGAGUGUCUACCAACAGGACAGUUUACACUUUUGUUGGUCCACCUGAAGCUGUUGUCCUUGGUGCCCUGAAUGCUGCCAGAGCUGCAUACACAUAUAUUGAUAUGAGGACACAUACAGGAGAACAUCCUAGAAUGGGAGCAAUGGAUGUGUGUCCAUUUAUACCAGUCCAGAAUGUGACUAUGGAAGAAUGUGUCAUGUGUGCAAAAGAAUUCGGAGAAAAACUAGCACUAGAUCUUGAUGUACCAGUUUAUUUAUAUGCUGAAGCUACAGAAACAGAAUCAAGAAAAAAAUUGUCCAGCAUAAGAAGUGGGGAAUAUGAAGGAUUACCAGAAAAGAUUCUACUAGAUGAAUGGAAACCAGACUUUGGUCCUGCAGAAUUUAACCCUAGAUGGGGAGCUACUGUGACUGGAGCAAGAAAUUUUCUGGUAGCCUAUAAUAUCAAUGUUCUAUCAACCAAGGAACAAGCACAUAGAAUAGCGCUGAAUAUCAGAGAACAGGGCAGAGGAGAAGAACAGACAUAUGGAACAGGUGUAAAUAACGAGUAUUACGGAACAGGCUGGAAUCCCGUGAAAGGAAGAUGUAAAUCUGUCCAGGCCAUAGGAUGGUAUUUAGAGGAGGCCAACAUGGCUCAAGUUUCUACAAAUAUAUCAGAUUAUAAUGUGACACCUAUACAUAAAGUUUAUGAAGAAGUGUGUAAAGAUGCUGAGGAGUUAAAUUUAGCAAUUUGUGGAUCACAGAUUGUUGGUUUAGUCCCACUAGAGGCAUUAAUGCAAGCUGCUGAUUAUUACAUGGAAAAAGAAAAUCUGUUUAUUUUAGAAGAGGACCAGAAACUCAGAUUGGUUAUUAACAGAAUGGGACUAAACUCUUUAGGAGCCUUUAGUCCUAAAGAAAGAAUUAUAGAAUAUAUGAUAUCAGAUGAAAAUGAUGGUCCACUAGUCAGCAUGGAUGUGAAAGAUUUUGUAUUAACUAUUGGGUCAAGGUCACCUACACCUGGUGGUGGCUCAGUGGCAGCACUGUUAGCUUCUCUAGGUUCAGCUCUGGGAGCAAUGGUUGGUUUUUUGACUUAUGGAAACAAAAAGUUUUAUGAACUUGAUUCGAGAAUGAGAAAGAUUAUACCACCAUUGUAUAAAACCAUGAAAGACUUGAUACAAUUUGUUGAUGCUGAUGCUGCAGCCUUCAGUGAAUAUAUGUUGGCAUUAAAGUUACCCCAAGACACAGAGGAAGACAAGACUUUGAGAGCUGUAGCAAUGCAAGAAGGACUUCAUACUGCUAUCAGGGUACCCCUAACAGUAUCCAGACUGGCUAAUAGCAUGUGGCCAUACUUAAAGGAACUAGCAGAAAUAGGCAAUAUCAACUGUAAAUCUGACCUACAGGUUGGUGCCAAGACAUUAGAAACUGCAGUAUGGGGAACGUAUUAUAACAUACAAACAAACCUGACUGAUGUACAAGAUGAUGAAGUUAAAUCUAAGGUGACUGAAGAAAUAGAUGCAGCGAUAAAAUUAGCUGGAGAAGCUUGUGCAGAAGUUCUGAAGAUCUGUGAUCAGAGGAAAGCUUAAUUUGGACAAAACCUGACAGUAUUUUACAGUGUUAGAGCUUUGUUUGAAUCUGUGACUACUUGAUUGUGUUGCAUUCCUGUCAGCUUUUUUGUUUUUUGAAAGCUUUUUGUUAUAGAAUAUUUCAUACAUGUCACUUAUGGAAAUGUGAUAGAAAAAUUGGGAUUGGACUAAAAGUAGAUAAUUGUAAAGAGCUCAAGGUUAAACAUCAUUUUCUAUGUAAUGAUUCAAAAUUCUAAUUUAUUUUAUUAAUGAAAACAUAUGCUAUUUACACUUUAAGAAAGAAAUUCUUUCUAUAUUAUGUUUAUGUUUUUGAAUGUUUUAUAUGUAAAUUAAUCUAAAAGUAUGGUUUAUUUGUGUUUUACUGUAGAUUCUCUUUUGAGUUUGAUUUAAAACAAUUUUUCAGGAAAAUGCUAUUAUGUAUCCCACCAGAGGCAAAUUUGUUUGUUUAUGCAUUAUGGUUAUCACUAUUUAUAUGUAUAAAGAUUAAUCUGAAAUUUUAAUGGCAGGUGAAAUUCAAAAUAGUCACUUCUUUUCCAGUGAAUAUUUUUAUAAAAUUUUAUUCAAAAUAUCAAAAUCAUAUCAAAAUAAAGAUAGAACAGUGUGCUUGUUUAUGUAAUGUUAUUGUUUUAAAAUACCAAAUGUUUGAAGGGAAAUUGUAAAUAAUUUCUGUUGAUUUUCCAUAAAAAAUGUGGAACACCCAUCAUCACUAUUUGUGCCAUAAUUCUUCUGCUUUUAUAUGACAAAAAAUACACAAGAGAAAGAAAAGUGUUGGUUCAAAAAGUUACCAAGACUAUAUUUAUGAUAACAUUCAGAUUACCUUUUCAUAACCAAAAGUACUAUGCAGGAUUAAAUAUUUGUACACCAAACUCACAAUUAAAUGACACUAUUGGUUGAAAAUCUAUUGUGAAAUAUAUAUUUAUGUUGAAUUAGUUGAUUAAUGAGUUGUAAAUAAGGUGACAAGUCCUUCCUCAUAGUUUAUCCUUUGUAUGUUAUGCAAAGGGAGACAACUUAUAGUUAGAUAUUUGUGUAUUAAAGAAGUUCUUGCUUACUUAAUAAUUUCAAUGUGAAAUUUUAAAGUUGGUAAUUUUUUGAUGAACUUGACAGCAAUAAGACAAGGAGAAGAAGUGUUAAAGUUAUCACAAAGGUUUAUUUUAAAAUACACUUUAUAUUUACUUUUUUUACACAUUUAAAAUAAAUUGUUUUGUCUUGAUAUUUGUUUUAUAUUGGAGAAAGGUCUGAAUUGGAUAAAUUUCGUGCCUUCUAACAGGAACAUAAUUCUUUUAGUGUAAAAAUUUCAGUAUUCAAAACAUUAAAUUAAAAGUCUGUUUGAGACAUAAUUUGUAUUUAUUUUGACCCAUUGGCUCUUUUAGUUUAAAUGGAAAUAAUGUGAUCACCCCAAAAAAAACAUGAUUCAGUUUUUAUGAUAAAAGCAUAAAUGAACUAAAGAGUAAAUCUAUUUCAGAAAUACAAAAAACAUGUAAAUGUGGAAUAAUGUGCAAUUGUAGGACAUUAAAAUAGUAUAAAACUAAUAAUUUACUAAAUGAGUUGAUAUAGGUGUUCUUAUAUACAUGUAUUAAUUUAUGUACUUUUAGCAAUAUAUUUUCAUCUAACAUACACUAAUAUUUAAAUAUGUGAUACUCUAACAGUAUUUCCAUGGUUGAUAAGUGUAUUUAGUUAGUUUUAUGUCAUAAAUAUACAAAAGGUCAACAAUACAUAAUUGACACCAGAUCUGGAAAUUAAAUAUUUUUGUAAGGCUUUAGACUUUUGAUGAAGCCAAAUAUAAUUUUGAGAUGAUUAAAUGAUCCGUCCAAUUAAUGUUGUACUUAUAUGCUGAUUCAUCAAAACCUGUUUACGUAGUUAGAAACCAUUUUAAGUAGAGUUUGUAAUUAUUUUUAGUCGGGCUUAAAGGAAGUAGUGAAUAUAAAAAACUUUGUGUGUUUUUAACUUAUGAAUAUUUUAAGCUUACAUGCCAGGAUGUAGUGUAACACAAUGACUUCAUUUGUGAUUUCACCUUUGUUUCUAAACCAGAAAACUUAAGAGUUGGGAGUGGGUGAGAGGGUUAUAACAAUAACAAGCAUAUAGAUCUGAUUAAUUAAAAUAUCUCAGAGCUAAAAAUAUAUCAGUUUUGAGAAUGAAUUAUAGGUUUAAAUGAAAUAGUGGAUUCUGAUGGUUAUAUUCAAUACAUCUAAACUAUCUGUAAUCAAUAGAAAUCAAAUGAAAAUCCCACCAUGCAGAUUGCACUGCUUAUUAUACAUUUCUUUCCUUUUUUCAAAAAUGGAUCCAAAAUUUACAACAUUUGUCUCUUUGUGUAAGCAGAACUGAUUUUUAACCAUCAAAUCAAUGCAAUACUUAUUUAUCAAUGUAUUAAAUAUUUGAUAGAAAUACUAAAACCAUAAAUAAAGAUGUCAGUAGGCUCAUCUACAGAAUUAUAAUUGUAAUUGACACUACCAUUUUGUUGUUAUUCAAGAAUUGUUUAUUAUUGAUGACAUAGUUUUGAUUUAUUAAUGCUUAUUAUUCAAUAUUUAGAAGGUCAUGGCUGUGUAAUUUUAGUACUUGCUCAAGUUUGUUUUUUACUCCCCGUUUUUAUUGGUUGUCAUAGUAAUCUUUUUUAAUAAUUUACAUGCAGUUUUGUAUUACAUUCCAAAUAUAACACAAUUGUGAUAAAUUAUAGAUUUUUAAGCAUUUAUUUAUGUAAUUUAACUUUGUGUUGUUACUGACCAAAAUAAAUUAUUUGUGGAAUAAAAGUUAUUGCCUA